AUGGCUGUUUUAUCGUUACUAUUGAUAGGACUUUCAUAUGGGUAUUGGGGAGAAGUAAACAAUGAAAUUCGAUAUGAUCAAGGUGUUGAUUCGACCGAAUGGUCUGGUGUAUACAAUUACCCUGAUGUAUUUACUUUCACUGCAAAAUGUUGUACCAACGCAAUGAAGACUUUCGACGACACUGCAAUUCCAAUGUAUUUAAAAGCCGUUGAUAGAUAUUUCAGAUUUACGUCUGGAAUCAACAUGAAAUGUCUCUUUUAUCGAAAUCGACAAUUGGCUGAACGAAUGUUCAUUGAAGAGGAAAAUCGACCAAACAAUUUAAUCAUCACUUUUGGAUGUUUUGGGAGCUCUACUGGCUGUCGUACUUUUCAAUAUUCCAAUGCAAAUCCAUAUAUUUAUGUCUCAGACAAAGGUGUUGUUUUAUUUGCAAGAAUUGAUGAAAAAUUUAGAAUUGUAUAUACAAGAGAUUUGUCGACUGUAACACCUCUUGUUUACAUUGAUGGUAAUGUUUCUCAAAGUGUCGAAAUAUCUUUAAAGUCUUUCGCGUUUUUGACAUCUUUAUCUGUUGGGAUGUACCUUUUCACUGGUAAAAUUAAUACCAACAGUGUUACUUUUGUAGAUAGCUACUCUUUUAGUAAUUAUCAAGUAGCUGUUGUUUGCAAUCACGAUCCAAUAUAUCGGUAUAUGUUAGUAUCAACUGUACACACUGAGGAUAUAACUAAUAAAGUGUGUGGAUGUAUUCCAAAAACUAUUAAUUUGGUUAAUUCAUCUUUUGACUUUCCAGACUGUGCGAACAAUUCAACGUACUUCGAUUUGGAUUUGACUGCUGGAACACAGUGGACUUUUAUCCAACGUUAUUGGUAUACUUUGAUUGUAAAAGAAAACGUAGAAAACUUGAUAUACCAUCAAACCGGUACUGGUAUAAUAGUCUUAAAAGUGCUUUCAUUAAGUAAUAAUUCUCAAAUUACAUUCAAUGCACAUAUGUCUAUUAAUAAACUCAUUUUUCAGAAUGAAUGCAAACUCACAUUCAACAAAGAACUAUACGUCAAUUAUAUUACAGUCAAUUCAAGUGCUAUACCGUAUGGCUCAAAACUUUUUGGAUAUAAAAGUUUUGUGUGCUAUUAUUGUGCUGCAGGUGAAGUCAUCAAAUGUGAUGAUGGUUAUGUGCAUUACAAAAGUUGCACUUGUAUUACUGGAUUCAAUUUUCUUGACUCAGGACUAUGUGAAACAUGUCACUCGACUUGUGAAACGUGUAGUGGUCCAUUAGAUUCAAAUUGUUUAAGUUGUGGAAGUGGAAGAUAUUUUGAAAAUGGGCAAUGUUUGUCAUGUGACUCAAACUGUUUUGAUUUGGGACCAAGUUGUCACAACAUCAAUGGAUGCAUAAAAUGCAAAGAUGCGUUUUAUAUCAACAACAAAAUGUGUUCACCAUGCAAUUCUAAUUGCAAUACAUGCAAUGGGGGGACUUCUUCAAGUUGUCUGAGCUGUAAAAGUGGGAAAUAUUUCGUUGCCCAAAACAAAACUUGUAAUGACUGUGAUCCAAAUUGUGCAUAUGGGUAUUGUAGUACUGUUAAUGGUUGUACUAAGUGUAUUGAAGGCUAUUUCCCUCAAAACUACAGAUGCACCAAAUGUGGUGUUACUUGUAAAACGUGUGAUAUUGUGUCCACCAGUUGUUUAAGUUGUUACAAUGACAGUUUUAUUGAGAAUAACAAAUGUAUCACAUGUGAAGAAGGUUAUUGUGAAGUUGGGUAUUGCCUACAAGAAGAUGGCUGUACGAAGUGCAAAAGUGGAUAUUAUAAAAGUGGGAAAAGGUGUUUGAAAUGUGAUACAAAUUGUUUAACAUGUGGCACCACAUCGACUGAUUGUCUCUCUUGUGCAAGUGGAUUGUACUUGAAUGAUUCGACACAUCAAUGUAUUGACUGUGAUUCAAAUUGUAUUGACACGUUAACACACUGCACUUCAUCAAGUGGGUGUACUCAAUGUAAAGAUGGCUUUUAUGUGAACAACAAAAGAUGUUCAGUAUGUGAUAAUACAUGUUAUACAUGUAACGGCAAUUCCUCAUCAAACUGUCUGAGUUGUAAUUUGGGGAGAUAUCUCGAUGGUAACAAUUGUAAAACGUGUGAUAUCAAUUGUGUUGAUAAUCCAACUAAUUGUGAUGUAAUCCAGGGAUGUACUAAGUGUGCUGUUGGCUAUUUUGUAAAUUCAAAAAUAUGUAAAAGUUGUGAUAGUCAAUGCAGAACGUGUUACGGAGAUUUGUCUUCUAAUUGUCUCAGUUGUAAAACAGGAACUUAUUUGGACAACUAUCAAUGCUUGUCUUGUGACUCAAAAUGUGUUGAUUCAAGUACACACUGUGACACAUCCACUGGCUGUUCAAAGUGUGUUGACGGGUAUUAUGCAUAUAAUAAAAUAUGCGAUCAAUGCGAUUCAAUAUGUUUGACUUGUGAUGUGAUUUCAACCAAUUGUACCUCAUGUAAACAGGGAACUUAUUUAAAUAAUUACAAUUGUGUUGCUUGUGAUGUACAUUGUAAAGGAACAACUUCAUCAUAUUGUAGCACCACAGAGGGGUGUCUUGAUUGUGUAGAUGGAUACUAUAGUUCUGAUAAAAUGUGCAAAAAGUGUGAUUCAAAUUGCAAGACAUGUGACCAGACAUCAACCCAAUGCCUUUCUUGUGGAAACAAUUAUUAUCUUGAAAAUUCCAUUUGUAAAAGUUGUGGAGAAGAGUGUAAAACGUGUGACCCAACUUUGGGAUGCACCACAUGUAACAAAGGAUUUUAUCCAGAAUCAAAAACGUGUUCAAAAUGUGACUCAUCGUGUUCUGACUGCACUUCACUUUCUGAUUGUCAAGGUUGCACCAAUAAUACAUAUCUUGAAAAUGGAUUAUGUUACCAAUGUGAUUCAAAUUGUAAUACAAUAUGUGAUGGACUGCGUGGCUGUUUAAAUUGCUCCGAGGGGUAUUACCCAUCAAAUAAGAUAUGUGCUGCUUGUUCAGAAAUACCGAAUUGCGACAAAUGCAGUACAACAUCCAAGACUUGUAUUAAAUGUAACAGUCCAUUUGAAGUAUCUAAUGGGAAGUGUGUCUGUCCUUCACAACUUCAAAUGUAUCAAAGCAGUGUAAAUACAUGUGAGUAUUGUUAUAAUAAUAUAACAAAUUGUAAGGUAUGCAAAAACAAUGAAACAUUGAUGAGCCAACAAAAAUAUGAAGCCAUGUGUGAAGAGUGUUAUACCCCUUAUGUCUUAGUCAAUGGAAAAUGCAUUUUGUGUGAAAACAAAAUUUACAACAAAAACACAAAAGAAUGUGACAAUUAUGAAACAAAUUGCACUACACAAAAUGACAACAAAAAAUGUUUGAAAUGUCAACCCUCAAAUUAUUUAUUGAAUGUCAAAUGUGUGCAAUUCACAAAUUCAGUUUGCCAGCAGACAAGUAAAAUAACAUGUGAAGAGUGUGGUGAUGGGAUUUCUUCGACUGGAAAUUGUCAAAUAAAAAAUGACUUGGACACUUUAAAAUGUAAUUACUAUAAAACACAAACAAAUAAAGUUUCGUGUUUGCAGUGUGAAGAAAACUCGACAAUAACAAGUGGAGUUUGUGUGAAAGAUGAUACACAAAAUUUGAUUAAAAAUGGAAACGUUUUUAAGUGUCAAAACAACAACUAUUUGGACUCAAACAAUUUUUGUAUCAAAUGCUUUUCUAAAGACGUGUUAUCAAUUUCUUGUGUUCAAUCUAAUGAUAACAUAUUUAUAAUAAAAUGUGAACAAAAUUCACUUUUGGAUUUAAAAUCAAACAAGUGUAUGACAUCGACAAAUUGCGGUGUGUUUGAAUCAAAUGAUUGUGUUAAAUGCAAACAAAUUUCAAGUAUAAUCAACAACAUUUGUACAACUUGUUCUGUUACUAAUUGUGUUAAAUAUGAUGUUAAUUGUAAAUGCGUUCAAUGCGAAAAUACACAUCUUCCAAUUAAUGGGAAUUGCUUAUCACUCAAACAACUUUCGUGUUAUGCAGGGGAUGGUAAACGAUGUACCAAAUGCUUUGAUAGUUAUUAUUUUACAAACACAAAUAUAAACAAUGAUAAUAAUCAUUUUUGUUCAAAAAGAAGUGAUGAUGUAAAUUCAAAAUACACAUAUUUAAAAUCAAAUCAAGAUGUCCCACAAACAGUUGAAUGUCUUAGUGAUUUUUUCCCUUUUGAAAAUACAUGUAUAUUUACACAAGAUUAUAAAAAAGCUUCAAAGUUAAAAUCAACAUUAGAAUACCGUCUGAAUACAUUUUCUUAUAAUAUCUCUUAUUAUACAACAAAUAAAAGCACACCAAAAAGUGAAAAUAUUGAAGAUAACACAAAUUGUGAUGUUAAAACAACAAAAGGGUGUUUAAAAUGUUUAGAUGGAUACUUCCUUCAAAAUCUGUCAUUAAUUUUAACAUGUGAAAAGUGUUCUACAAAUUGUGUGUCAUGUUUUAACAUAUCGUAUUGUCUAAGUUGUGCAGAUGGUUCCGUGUUGAACAGAGUGACAAACACUUGUGAAAAAUCUGAAGAUCUGACAAAGAAGU